GGCCCGAGCCGCCAUUGUUUCGCCGAGGGAAGACAGCGGGGCCCUGGCACUGGCGCUGAGACGCCGCUUAGCGGCAGUCACUGGAGAGACUCCCUUUCGGUCUCCCUCUUCUCCAGGCGGCAGUGUCGUGAGGCUGACUAGGGGGAACCUGGGAGCCCCUUCUGCCUUCCCCGCGGUAGCAGCGGCCGAUCCCCGCCUCCGGCGCGAGGGGCAGCCGCGAUGCGCUCGGCCUGAGGCUGCCCGGCUCGGUCCUUCCUUGCCUCCCUUGACUAUUCCACAGCGUCUCUGCACUCCAGCGUCUUCCUACGAGUCGCUUUCACGAGAGAGAAGAUGGCUGCACCGGGCUGGCAGGACGAGCUAGCCCAGAAGGCCGAGGAGGGUUCGGCCCGACUACGGGAAAUGCUUUCGGUCGGCCUAAGCUUUUUGCGCACCGAACUGGGCCUCGACCUGGGGCUGGAGCCGAAGCGGUACCCAGGCUGGGUGAUACUCGUGGGCACGGGCGCGCUCGGGCUGCUGCUGCUGUUUCUGCUCGGUUACGGCUGGGCCGCAGCUUGCGCUGGCGCCCGCAAAAAACGGAGAAGCCCGCCCCGCAAGCGGGAGGAGGCGGCGGCCACGCCGGCCCCGGCCCCUGACGACCUAGCCCUGCUGAAGAAUCUCAGAAGCGAAGAGCAGAAGAAGAAAAAUCGGAAGAAGCCCGAAAAGCCCAAACCAAAUGGACGAUCUGUUGAAGUGGCUGAGGAGGAAAUCGUUCGUCCUCCUCGAAAUGUAACAGCAAAGCAGCCAUUAGAGCCAGACAAGAAAAAUGAAAAGUCAAAGAAAAAUAAGAAGAAAUCAAAGUCAGAUGCUAAAGCAGUGCAAAACAGUUCACGCCAUGAUGGAAAGGAAGUUGAUGAAGGAGCCUGGGAAACUAAAAUUAGUCACAGAGAGAAACGACAGCAGCGUAAACGUGAUAAGGUGCUGACUGAUUCUGGUUCAUUGGAUUCAACUAUCCCUGGGAUAGAAAAUACCAUCACAGUUACCACCGAGCAACUUACAACUGCAUCAUUUCCUGUUGGUUCCAAGAAGAAUAAAGGUGAUUCUCAUCUAAAUAUUCAAGUUAGCAACUUUAAGUCUGGAAAAGGAGAGUCUACACUUCAGGUUUCUUCAGGACUGAAUGAAAACCUCACUAUAAAUGGAGGAGGCUGGAAUGAGAAGUCUGUGAAACUCUCCUCACAGAUAACUGCAGGUGAGGAGAAGUGGAACUCUGUUUCACCUGCUUCUGCAGGCAAGAGGAAAACUGAGCCAUCUGCUUGGGGUCAAGACACUGGAGAUGCUAAUACAAAUGGAAAAGACUGGGGAAGGAGUUGGAGUGACCGUUCAAUAUUUUCUGGCAUUGGGUCUACUGCUGAGCCAGUUUCUCAGAAUACCACUUCUGAUUAUCAGUGGGAUGUUAGCCGUAAUCAACCCUAUAUCGAUGAUGAAUGGUCUGGGUUAAAUGGUCUGUCCUCUGCUGAUCCCAGCUCUGACUGGAAUGCGCCAGCGGAAGAGUGGGGAAAUUGGGUAGAUGAAGAAAGAGCUUCACUUCUGAAAUCCCAGGAACCACUUCCUGAUGAUCAAAAGGUUUCAGAUGAUGAUAAAGAAAAAGGAGAGGGCACUCUUCAAGCUGGGAAGUCUAAAAAGAAAAAGAAGAAAAAGAAGAAGCAAGGUGAAGAUAACUCUGUUGUACAGGACACAGAAGAAUUAGAAAAAGAGGUUAGAGAAGAGCUUCCAGUUAUUACCUCUAAAGUCCGUCCCAAACAGGAAAGAGCUUUUUCUUUGAAGACCGUAAGCACUAGUGAAUCAGCUGAAGUACUUGUCAAAAAUAGCCAGCCUAUCAAGACUCUUCCGCCUGCUGUUUCUAACGAGCCAUCUAUAGUUUUAUCAAAAAGUGAUUCUGACAAGAGCUCUUCCCAACUGCCACCAAUGCUACAAGAUACAGAUAAAUCCAAGCCUAAUAUUAAGCAAAAUAGUGUGCCUCCUUUACAGACAAAGUCUGAAACUAGCUGGGAAUCUCCCAAACAAAUAAAAAAGAAGAAAAAAGCCAGACGAGAAACGUGAAUAAUUUUCCUGAAUUGGACAUGUGUUAGCAAACACUGUCUUGAAGAUUAUGCUGUUUAUGCAAUAAUUUGUGAACAUGUACAGAGUUUUAUAUAAAUUUCAACCAAUUUUUAGAACAAAACUGUGAACACAGCCACCGUAAAAAAUGGAAUCAAAGGAAAGUUAAUUUAUGAAACUAAGAGGUCAGCAGAACAUAUUACAAUGCUGGAAGACACUUGGGAAAGUCUUUUCAAUUUGACGAGAAUUAUCUUAAUUUAAGAAUAUUAUCCUGGUUUUACAACAGUGCCCUGUUUACAACAGAUUGCGCCCUAUCUCAUCUGCAGCCGAGGAGUAAAGGGUUCUGAUUAGAGAGAGGGUUGCCUACAAAUUAGUAGGUACUUUUUGGAUCUUAUGCACGGAACUUAAUACCAUUUGAAUCUGUUUUAUGCUUAAAUCAAAGUGCUUUGAUCAAAUGCAUAAUCUGCCAUAUCUUUACAUAUUUGUUGGUAGCGAUUUGUAUUAAAGGAAUCACAAGUGCAAAUAAAAAGUCACUUAUAAUUUAACUAAACUGUCAUGGUUUAGUUUACAGUUUUCUUAAAAAGUUCUUAAAACAUUGACACUUGUAUGGCUUAUGAAGUUAUUUUUGAUAGUCUUACAUUACUUGAAGUGUUCAAAUUACAGUAUAUUUUAAAUUAAAAUUAAACGAUAUGUAUUUGUUUUAUACCUUAUGUUUCAAACUCACAAUUAAUGCUCUUGUUAUGAUUAGAAAACUUAUAGGCAAAAUCCAACUUACGUAUUUUCUUUCCCUGGCUAUUACUUUUUCCACCAUCAACUCUUUAGUUACUAAUGCUAUUUUGACUUUAAAAGUAAAAUCAUUCACAAACUAGUCAUACAGAAAACUUUGAGGAUUUGAUGAAGAAUGAAAAACUAGCAUCAGACAGCUUUAAUUGACAUUGUCAAGACCUCCAGUUAUCAGGAAUACAUUUUUUUACUGCCUUAACCUGUAGUGUGUAGAAUAUGCAUCAAUUUCCUGAAGGGGAUUAGUGUUUUUAUAAGAAUUUUCCUGUAAUUAUUGCAAUCAUGGUCAAAUAAGGAACAUUUCCUGCUUGAAGCUGUAUUGAUUACAGUGACGUGUGAAAUGUUUCACCAUUUUCAGGCACUGUGUUAAUUCUAUCGUAAUAAACUGGCAGGUAUCUUUGUAACUAUAAAUAGUGCAUGCUCAGCCAUGUACACUGUAUAUAGCCUUUACCAAACGUGUUUGACAAGGACCAUAAUUAACAUCACUUAGUGAAUUGUGAUUAAAAAAAAAAAAAAGCCAUGAUUUAUUUGAUGUGAUUGGCUUAAUUGUUUUUAUGUGGUGCCAAGAAUGAAACUGUUUUAACAGCUGUAACCAAUGGUACUGAUAUAUCCAUCCAAUGUUGUCUUUAUUAUAUUUGAUUGUGGUUUAAUAGUAUUGCAUUGUCAAGCAGGAAAGCUAAAGAAACAAAAUGGUUUUAGUUUUGCUGAAGACUGGCCUUAUUGAUAGCUUUCCUAAAAAGCGAUUAUUAACUUUUAUACAGGUGUUAACAUCUGUUUCAGGAACAUGACAGUAUGUUUACAUGUCAGAAGUUUUGUUUAAUUCAAUGAUACUUCUAAGUUGAUUUGUUUAAAUAAAUUCAGCAAA